AUGGCCAAAUAUCCCGAGAUCCAAGGCGGCGGUUCGCUAAUUGUUGCCUGGCAGGCCAGGAGCAAGCAUAUCCUGGUGGUCGGUGGCGGAGAGGUCGCAGCCGGACGAAUCGUUCAUGCCCUCAACGCCGAUGCCAACGUAACAGUCGUGUGCCCACGCUCCGGGCUAAAUGACGAGGUAUCAUUCCGGAUCUCACAGAGCCAAGUAUCAUAUAUCGACCGCCCUUUCGAGCCGCGCGACCUCGACGGCGCAGACAUGGUGCUAUGCGCGAUAGACGACCCCGCGGCUUCGACGCGCGUCUGGAAGCUCUGCAAGGAGAAGCGAAUCCCCGCGAACAUCGCGGACGUCCCCUCCGAAUGCGAUUUCUACUUCGGGAGCGUGCACCGUGAUGGACCGUUGCAGGUUAUGGUCAGCACGAAUGGGAAUGGGCCGAAGCUGGCCAGUCUGGUGCGGAAGAAGAUUGCGGAGACCCUGCCGGGUAACAUGGGUGCGGCGAUUCAGAAUGUUGGGGUACUACGGAGGAAAUUGAGGGAAGUUGCGCCUCAUGCGGAGGAGGGGCCGAAGAGGAUGAAAUGGAUGUCCGGGGUGUGUGAAACGUGGAGUCUGGAGGAUCUGGUGCAGAUGACGGAGCAAGACAUGGACGGGUUAUUGACACAUUAUAAGGCGGGUGAUAUUCCGACGCUGGAGCAAGUGAGGUGA